AUGUCUAUUCGCUUUCCUGCAGAUAAAAUUACGCCAUUGUACCACGAGCCGCUUCCUGGUUGGGUGGACAGUUGGGUGGCAGCUACAGCCGUCUUCAGUAAUUUAUCAAGGGGUCUAAAUCCUUACAUUUAUAGCACUGAGGAUGUCGUUUGCGAUCUUAUUCCCGUUGAUUACGUUGCAAAUUUAAUCAUCAUAGCCGGGGCUAAAGGAGCUAUAACGGAUGAUAUCUCUGUAUAUAAUAUAAACUCCAGUUCGGAAAAUCCUAUUACUUGGAAAUGCGGUUCUGAUUUAUAUUUAGAACAAAGCAAACGCUUGGGCUACUCUAAAAGGAACAUGCAAGAAAUAAAGGUAUCAAAAUCAACAUUCGUAGUGAAUACCAUGACAUUUAUUCUGCAAACAGUACCUUGUUUCUUUGCUGAUGUCGGACUCGUCUUAAGAGGAAAAACACCUAGACACUUAAAAGAAGGUUCUCGUUCAUCUGUCCUACGAGAUAUUCUUAGGCCGGUAACGUCUACAUCCUGGCUCAUUAAAUCGAAAAAGACCCAGGCCUUAAUCUUCACUCUGGAUGAACACGACAAGAAGUCGUUCCCAUGUGACGUCAACAACAUCGAUUGGAAAGAGUACAGUGCCAUAUUCUGCAGGGGCGUUCGGGAGUUUUUACUGAAAGGAAAAUAA